CUGGGUUCGCCCGUCGAUUUUGCAUUAUUGUACGAUUCCAAUCUCUAUCAUUCUUCUUCUGAUCCAUCUCACCUUCAAUGGCUACCACAGGCCAGGUCAUCACCUGCAAAGCUGCGGUGGCAUGGGAAGCGAAUAAGCCGCUGGUGAUCGAGGAUGUGCAGGUGGCACCGCCGCAGGCCGGCGAGGUUCGGAUCAAGAUACUCUUCACUGCUCUCUGCCACACUGAUGCUUAUACUUGGAGUGGCAAGGAUCCUGAGGGUCUCUUUCCGUGUAUUCUUGGGCAUGAGGCUGCUGGGAUUGUAGAGAGUGUUGGUGAAGGUGUAACUGAAGUUCAACCAGGGGAUCAUGUUAUACCCUGUUACCAGGCAGAAUGUAGAGAAUGCAAAUUCUGCAGAUCAGGGAAGACAAACCUCUGUGGCAAAGUUCGGGCAGCUACUGGAGUUGGAGUUAUGAUGAGUGAUCGCAAGAGUCGUUUCUCAAUAAAUGGAACUCCCAUAUAUCAUUUCAUGGGUACUUCAACAUUUAGUCAGUACACAGUUGUACAUGAUGUUAGUGUUGCAAAGAUUGAUCCAGUAGCUCCUUUGGAGAAAGUUUGUCUUCUUGGCUGUGGUGUUCCCACUGGUCUUGGAGCGGUUUGGAACACAGCAAAAGUGGAAUCAGGGUCCAUUGUUGCUGUUUUUGGCCUUGGGACUGUUGGCCUUGCGGUUGCAGAGGGUGCAAAAUCAGCUGGUGCUUCACGAAUAAUUGGUGUAGAUAUUGAUAGCAAGAAGUUUGAUGUAGCCAAGAAUUUUGGAGUGACUGAAUUUGUGAACCCCAAGGACCAUGAAAAACCGAUACAGCAGGUACUUGUUGAUCUUACAGAUGGUGGUGUUGACUAUAGUUUUGAGUGCAUUGGGAAUGUCUCUGUAAUGAGGGCAGCAUUGGAGUGCUGUCACAAGGGCUGGGGAACAUCUGUUAUUGUGGGUGUUGCAGCAUCAGGUCAAGAGAUAUCUACUCGUCCUUUCCAGCUGGUGACUGGUCGUGUUUGGAAAGGAACUGCCUUUGGUGGUUUCAAGAGUCGUUCACAAGUACCAUGGCUUGUGGAGAAGUACAUGAAGAAGGAAAUUAAGGUUGAUGAGUACAUAACCCACAAUUUGACUCUGGGGGAGAUCAACGAGGCAUUUGAUCUGAUGCAUGAGGGAGGCUGCCUCCGGUGUGUGCUUGCAAUGCAUGUAUGAGGCGAUCUGUUAAAGCCAUAAUAAGCAGACCCUGUUUCCUCUGCAGAUAUCUUUUGCCUUUGUUUGAAUGAAAAUUAAGAAAAUGAAAAAUGCGCUAUCUACGAACAAAACUACUUUUAAAACCCUGUACCAUCUCAUCGUGUGUAAGGUUCUUGCCGUUUGUUUUCUAUUCUCUCCUGCUGUGUUUUGAGACUCGUUGGAAAGAUAAGUUAGCAUGGUUUGGUUUCUAGUUCCAUGAUGUUGAUGUUAAAUUUCAAUGCUGAAGGAUUAACCCCCAUUUUGGCAUUGAAUUGAUAAUGGAUAAUUGCUUAUAGAGAAAAGGUUCGAGUUGAA